CUCUCAUCAAUGAAGUGCGGCGCACAUUUUGGAGCAUCUCAGCUUGUUUGCAGUCUGAAGGAAGCGAGCUGGAACUUAAUGAUCUCCCACCUCCGGCCCCCUCAGUCGCUCUCUCCCAGUCGCAAUCGCUCCCCGUCUCUUUCGCUCUCUCUCUCUCUCGUUCAGCGGUGUAAUGCUCCGCUUGCCUCUCAGAGCUACUGGUGGUCAGGGGGCUGCGAAUCUUAUCUGAUUUUCCAGAGAGGGGUUUGAAGCUGGACUGAAGAGGCAGGGACAAUAACAGGAAGCGGCCAGAGGAACUGCUGGGCUGGGCUGAUCACUUUUGCCACUGGAGUGGCCUGAUUGUCCAGUGAGCAGCUCUGUGGGAGCUCAGACAGGUUCACAUGCAGCUGGAAACAGACACCACUGACCUGAGACUGAGGAGGAUAUAAUACAACUCAUUUACUGAAGGGAUUUUCGAAUCGAGGAAGACUGUUGAAGGGACCAAAACUCUGAUGAUGAAACAUUCUGCCUGCAGGCAGAUGACUGAGCCUGGCUUUUGGGCAGGUGUCCUGGUCGUUUUAUGUACCCUCAGCGUUGGAGCUGAUGUCAACCAAGCUCUGAAAACGCCAUCCAUGCCGAGCAGAGUGCUUCAAAGGCAUAAGAGAGACUGGAAAUGGGAUAAACUUUAUGUGAAUGAGGAAAUGCCUCCAAAAAACCCUCCUGAAAAAAUUGGAAAGCUAGAGAAUACAUUUUUCGAUGCAUCUGCAAGAUAUAUCCUCUCAGGAGAAGGUGCUAAUGACGCUUUUACUGUAAAUGACAAUGGGGAUAUUGUUGUCAAUACAAAGUUGGACCGGGAGAAGCAAAGUUUCUACAAUCUGACAGCUUCACUCAUUGACUCUAAAACCAAAAAACAGCUUGACAAGGAUGAUACAUUUGUAAUAGUGGUCAUGGAUAUUAAUGACAAUAUCCCUGUAUUUCCACCUGAAAUCUCAGGAUCCAUCAAUGAAUCUUCUAAUGCAGGAUCUAUAGUAAUGACAGUAAAGGCAACUGAUGCUGAUGAUCCCACCACUCAAAAUGGAAUGAUUGGGUACAAACUUCUGAAUGGGACAGAUCUCUUCAACAUCAUCAACAUCAACAAUACAGGUGUAAUCAGAACAUUGACAAGCAGCCUUGACCGAGAGAAACAGAGUCAGUAUCUAAUUGCCAUACAAGCCAAAGACAUGCCAGACGUUAGUACUGGGAAUUCUGCUACUACGAUUGUGACUAUCAACAUUACUGAUAUAAAUGACAACAUUGCCACCUUCAAAAAGGGAGAAUACUAUUUUAAUGUAAAAGAAGACAGCAAACCUGGAUAUGAAAUUGGCAUAUUAGAAGUGGAGGACAAAGACGAGAUAAAAAACAAAAAUCCUUCUAUUACUGUACAACAGAAAUCUAAUGUGUUUGACAUUAAAAUAAAUAAUGAGAAAAAUGGAAUUCUUAGCCUCAAAGUGCCUCUCGACUAUGAAACGGAGAAGAUGCACAAGUUUAGUGUAGAUGUGUCAGAGUACACAGUGUCUGAAUCUCCAGAUAACCAAGGAUCCAGACUGCAGAUGAAAGCCAAAGUUUUCAUCCAUGUAAUUGAUGUUAACGAACCACCUGUUUUCAACCAAACUGAAUACAAGUUCAGCAUCUACGAGGGCCCGUUCGAGAAUCCAAUCAUUGGAGCUGUUUCAGCAAAGGAUCCAGAUGAAAACAGUUACAAAAUACGGUACUCUAUUGAAGACCCAAACUGUCCUGUAGCUGUGGAUCCUGUACAAGGACAUCUGUCCUUAAAGAAGCAACUGGACAGAGAGGACAAACCCUCCUACACAUUCCAGGUUACAGCUCAGGAGAAUACACCAAAUGGUCUAAUGUCCUAUGCGCUGGUUAAUCUGAAGGUUCUUGACAUUAAUGACAACGCACCAGAACUAACUAACAAGAGCCACGUGUAUAUCUGUGAGAGUGAUCAACCUGGAACAAUCAUUGGGACUGUUGGUGCCUCCGACAAAGAUGAAAAUUCAAGCAGGAUCAGUUUCACUCUGGCAAAAACCAGCUUGAACUUUUCCCUUCAUGAUAAUGGAAAUAACACUGCGAGCAUAAUGCUGAAGCAAGGCGGUUUCAGUACCGAGCACUCAGUGGAACAUGUGCUAGAAAUCGAAAUCACUGAUGGAGGGACACCAAAACAGAAGAGGACUGACCGCCUCCAGAUUAAAGUGUGCACGUGCCAGACGCCUCGACUGGUGGAGUACUGUAUGGCCUACACCCGGACGGGAAUGAGCGUCAGCGCCCUCUUAGCCAUUCUUCUCUGCAUCGUCACCAUCCUGGUCAUCGUCAUCCUCAUUGUGUUGCGGAGGCGCUAUCAGAAGGAAGUUUUGGUUAGUAAGUCUUGUGGCGAGAUCCACGAGCAGCUGGUGAGAUAUGACGAGGAAGGCGGUGGAGAAAUGGACACUAAUGGUUAUGACGUCUCCAUCCUGUCCUCUGCUUGUCACGACAGCAGCUUUCGGCCCAGCACGGGGCCUUCGCUGUACGCCGUGGUGAAGAAACCCUCUGCUUGUAAGGGUGACAUGGCCAUGAUGAUCGAGGUGAAGAAGGAUGAGGCCGACCACGACCGUGAUGGGAUUCCCUACGAUACUUUACACAUCUACGGCUAUGAGGGAUCUGAAUCCCUGGCCGGUUCCCUCAGCUCUUUGGACUCAUCCUCCAGUGGGUCCAAUCUGGACUACGACUUCUUGCAUGAGUGGGGACCUCGUUUCAGGACCCUGGCUCAGCUCUAUGGAGUAGACGGCUCGGACUCUGAUAGCUCCGACUGAUCCUACUGAAGGCCAGGGUUAUCAGGUAGCCAUCGUCCUAGGAGGACACAUCAGCAUGAGACUGCUGUCUUCUCUUCAUGGGACUUUUUGUAAGGGUCCCUUUAAGAAAGGGAUAAACAAGUGCCAAUGCUUGUUUCCUUCAUGCAUUGUUAUGACAUUAUGAUGAGCACUACUGUAUUUGUAAUUUUCAUAGAAUUAGUGUAAGUUAGUAGAAAAACUUGCCUUGGUUUUUUAGACUUGUUUUGUCUGGGUGGGUUUUGUAUAAAACAGCGUUGGACAAACUCUCUGGUUUAUCCUUACAGCAAAUCUGAUUUCAUUUUGACACAAAAUAUCUGUGUUCAUUUUGUGAAGGAUUUUUUCUUUUUUCUUUUUUCUUUUUGCGUGUAUUGUAUUACUCAACCCAAUCUCAUGAGAAAACAUCAUUAUUUUACGUUUUGGCAACUUGGUGGUGAAUUCGUAUGAACUUGUAUGAUUAGAUUCAUACGAAAAUACAAAAAUGUUACCCACCCCUAAACCUAACCAGUAACAUAAAACUGAGAUUAUACAAAUAAUAUGAAUUUGCAACCAAACUUAAAAGUUACAAGUAGCGAUGAGAUUGUGUUGUCCUUAAUAUUUUCUAACAUUGUUUUUUUUUGCAUCUUGUAUUCCUAGAAAUCCUCAGUGUGCCAGUUUAUGAUUUUUUUACUAUGUAUACAAGUGUUUUCUGGAUUCAUAGUCAGUGUAAUCGCGGAGCCAGCAUUGUUCAGCAGACUCUUCUCAUCAGGAAAACUACUGUACUGCCAUGGGAGCAACAAAGGAAGUGGUGAUAACAGUACAUUGAAAGAAUUAAAGGCUACUCCAAGUUUAUUUGACAGGAAUCAUCAGCACAUCGAUUGUUAUGAGUAAAGGCCAAAUCUCAAAGGUCCACCAUUAUAAGGCAAUUGCAAACGUCUCAGGAAACAUGCAGUGAGUUGUAUGCCUGUUGAAAUGCGAGAAGUGGUCUGAAUAACUGUAAUACCAAGUGAAUCAAAACUUAAGCGUGGCUAUAUAUUUAACAGCGCCAUUUAACUUGUUAAAUAUUUUGAUGAUAGUUAAAACCAAAAUAUGUAGCGGGCCAGCCAGUGUCUUGACAAUAUUGUCCGUCUUUCAUUCAAGACUAAAUAGACAAGAGGAUCUCCUUUCAUUGAAAAAAUUGUAAACCAUCUUUAUACCUUAAAUAUUUACCUCUGUGCACAAACUCUACCCUGUUUCCCCAUUAACCACAGGCACAAUAUGUGGAAGCCACCUUCUCCCUUUCCUGUAGGGAAUUACACACCAAGCACUCUUCUCCUGUCUUGUUAAACAUGAGCAGCUCCGUCACUGAAAUGUCAACUUCCUGUCUGUAUGAGCACAAGGAAAUGCACUUCCUGUUCCCUUAUCUUUUAAGUGAAGGAACAGAUUGAAACCUUUUUCCUGUUUUGUCGUCUUGGAGGGAUAAAGAAAGAAAACUUAGGAGAGCAGGAAAAUGUUAAAGAACGAUAUAAAAGCUGUCUUGGUCACAAAGGCAUUGUCCUUCAAGACAAACGGUGCUGCUCUUGAAUGUUUCUUUUUCUUUCUUGUUUUCACCAUACAAUUUAAUUAGUUGGUUUUCAUCUCUUUUUUUUUUUAAUGAAAAAUGAUGUGUUAUUCUGGUUGUAGAAUUAGAUGUUCAAUCACUAAUGUAUGUAACUAGUGGGCAAAGACUAUUACAGUAAAUGAAAAUCAGAUAGACUGCACAUCUUCUCAUGAUGGACCCAUCAUGUUUCUCAAGUAAAAUAAUGUACAGAAAGUUCGAGAAAAACUGGAAUCGUAAUUAAAAUGGCCUUCACUUGAUAGCCUAUGUGAUUGUUCAUUAUUGUUAUCAUAUUUCAUGUAGGUAUGUAUGCUUUGAAUUAGCGGUUAUCGACAUUAUGGCCAGUUUAAAGUGCGUAGUGUGUUGAAUGAACAUUAUUCCUAUCGAACAAAAGUGUCUGAGAUUUGUUGGGAAGGUCCAGUAGAUGUCAGUGUUGGGCAGUCAGACUAAACAUUUCAGUAUAUGGUUCUUCUGUGUGUUAAGAGGGACAAAAAUAUGUGCCUUUUUUCUAUUGUUGCUAUUGUUAAAAAUAUUCUUUUUGUUUUCUGUUUUGAAACUGCCAAGUUUGUAUUUGAAUAAUAAACUUCCAUAAAAUAGGUUUAGUGUCCUUAAUAUAAAAUAAAGUGUAGAAAAAAAUAAAGAAGACAAAAUGUCUUCUGCUGAACAGUG